AUGGAAUGUGAUACACCGUCGUUCGACUCUACCAGUGAGUACAUUCAGAUUAAUUCAACCCCAACUAUAGUACCGGAUGUUCACACUCCUGUUCGACCUCGUUGGGUACUGUACGCCAACGUUUUGGUGUCACUACUGCAACCGUUACAAUAUGGUUGGUCCACUUCACAACUUAACCUCACAACAUUCAACCAUGAAAAAGAGUGUAGUGCCACACCUGUUGCACCAGGUACUUGCCUCAUGUUCCCGGGUCACACAAAAGCUCAGUGGACAACUGCCGUCGGUGCCUGGAUUGUUGGUGGUAUGAUGGGCGCGCUCGUCUGGGGACAUCUCGCCACCAAGUUUGGACGCAAACGCAUCAUGAUGUCGAACUGCCUCUUCAUGAUCGUUGGUGCCGUGGUGCAAGCCACCGCCUCUAGUAUGUGGAUGUUUACGGGCGGACGGGUCAUCUCCGGCAUUGCGUCGGGUGGAGCUACUGCUGUUAUACCUAGCUUCAUUGGCGAGAUUUCACCGCCACAGCUUCGCAACAAGCUGGGUGUAGGCUUCCAGAUCGCCAUUACGUUUGGUAACUUGAUGGUGGCCAUCACUUUUUUCUUCGCUGACACAAGCACUGGAUGGCGCUACAUUGCGGGGUUCCCUGUCGUAAUGGCACUGUUGUUCCUAGUGUUUUCGUGUUUUGUGCUCGUUGAAAGCCCUGCAUGGUUGAUAGUGGUGGGGGAGGAGCAAGUUGCAGAGCAAGAGCUUGCACGGCUCUAUGGUGAAGAAAAUGUAUCCCUCGCAAAGUCUUGGAUCAAGCAAGACGAUCCGGCUUUGCGGAUCAUCUCUGGAGCUGAAUUCUCCAUGUUUCAAAUUAGUGGCAUCUUGUCGGACGUAGCUUCGGACCCGCGCAGCAUUGUGAAGUUGUUCUCGCCUAUAACUGUUCGACAACUGCUGAUAGCGAUUGGCGUGGCUGCGGCUCAGCAACUCACGGGCAUCAAUGCCGUCUUCUUCUACUCGUCAACUUUAUUUGAGCAAGCUGGAAUUGCAGACGUCCGUAUCGGUAUUGUGGCCGUGAACUUUGUUAAUGUGCUGCCAACCAUAUUUUGCGGAGUAUUGGCAGCUCGUAUUGGCAAUCGGAAGCUCAUCUUGCUUGGAUUAACGGGUAUGUUUUUCAGCGCGGUCGGUAUCACUGUGUCGAACGUUGCUAGCUUUCCCGGACUAUCUAUCGUCUUCACUGCGUGCUACGUCGCCGCUUUUGGCUCGAGUCUUGGAUCACUGGCAUGGGUGGUGAUGGCAGACCUCUUCCCGGACGAUGUUCGAGCGAUGGGUACCUCAGUCUGUGUUGGUUGUAGUUGGUGCUUCAAUCUUGCGGUGGGUUUGUGCUAUCCAUACAUCGCUGCUGCAUUGGUCAACUUCAGUUUUACGCCUUUCAUGUGCACGGUCGCGUUGUCUAUUCUUUUUGUGUACAAGUUCGUACCGGAUACGUCGGGCAAGACGACGAAGGAGAUUCAAGACGAGUUCAACGCAAGGCGGUCAUUGAAGAAGCGACAGAUGUACACAAGUGCAAAUAAUAGGGUGUAA